AUGAUGGAAGUUAAACAAAGUGCUCCGGUUGAUUUAAAUGAUCUGUUGGCAACGGUCAAAAGUACUGACGAUGUCACCGAUAGAGGAGUCAAUGAUGUGGUCAUGACAGAUUUAACCGAUGAAGUUAGACCCGCCGAUUUGAAUUGUGAUGACAUAAUGAAAACAGAUAAUAUUGGUGAAACCCCCAACAAUGGCUUAGUUAAAAACGGUGAUGAACCACUUUCAUCCAUAAUUGAUUUGGAUUCUACAGCCGGUGCCAUCAACACCACACCAGUCAGUGCAGAACUUGAAGAUGCCUUAUUGGCCGAAGAUGAUGCUCUCCUACCCAAAUUGACAGAUGUUAAAGUAAAUAGCAUUGCAGCAUCUGAAUCGGUGGCUGUGGAUGAUCUCUUAGCUGAUAAAGCGGAGACAUCCAAUUCAACAACAAGUUCAAAUAAUGUUCGUGAUCCGGGUGAUGAUUUAGAUACACUAUUGUCAAAAAUCAAUGACAUCGUUGAGGAUUGUUUAGACGAGGAAAAUCUGGCAGCAGCAGAAGAGAAAGCUAAAAAUGAAGCACAAGUUGGUGGUGGCGAUAAAGAACCUCAAGUCGAAUCUAUGGAUGAAAGUGUAAUUUUAUUAGAUGAUACAGCAACAGAUGAAAGUUGCCUGGAUGUUGAUAAAACACUGCCCAGAGAAUUGGAAAAUGUGGAAACAGCAAAACCUACAGCAGAAGAUAACGAUUGUGAAGCUGCAGAAAAUAAGGAGACCAAUGAAGAUAUUGCUGAGGAUGAAAAUAAAAAAGAAGAUGACGGUGUAGUUCCCACUGAUGACAAAGAUAGUAGUAAAGAAGAAACUAACAAUAAGGAGAAAGAGGUUGAAAACCCUGACUCUGAAGGCAUUAUCUCAGAAGAUGUGUUACCACCAACGAAUGCAUCUGAUGAAACACCUGCAAUUACAACUGCCACAGAAGAAACUAGCUCGGAGGAGAAAAUCUCAGCGGACAAACAGCAAAAUGAGGAUGAUAAAAUAUUAGAUGAAGAAAAUACUAACGAUUUGGAAAAAAUGUUAGUAGAUGAAGAUGAAACAGUAGAUUCUACGAAAGAAAAUGAAUUGCUUGACGCUAAAAACGACGAAGAUACAGUUUUAACAGAUGGCGAUAAGACUGAAGAUUUACUUUUAUCUGAAGAUGAAAAGGAUAUGAAUACUCAAAAUUCAAAAGAAGAAAAUGUUGUCGAAAGUGAAACAAAGAACUUAAAUGAAGUAGAAGAGCACAAGAAGUCGGAAGAGACAGAACAACCUAAAGAAGAGGAAAAUAACUCAAAACCUCAACAAUCUGAUGAUACUAAGGAAACUGAAAAUGAAUUAGAGGAAGAAAAAACAGAACUAUCACAAAAAUCGGAAGCAAAAGAAAGCCCCAAAGAUAUGGAUGGACCGCCAGAAAUUGAAGAUUCAGAUGAUGAAAUAGUCUUUUAUGUUGAUAAACCACCGGAAAAAGUUAAGGAGACAGCAUCAGAGGCUAAAGAAGCUGAUGCCAAACUUUCCACAACAACAGCUACUGAAGAAAAGUCAUACACAGAAAACAAAGUAGCAGAAAAGGUUACAGAAGAUAAUGAUAUUGUCAUCUUGGACGAUGAUGAUGAUAUGCAGGCUGACAAAAAAGAAACGGAUUCGAGUCCAAAGAAGUCAGUCUGUGAAGAAAAAAGCGUGGAUACAAAUAAAAAUAACGAUGUGUCGUCUUCAAAAACAACUGAGGAAAGUGAAGAAACCAAAAAGGAUACCGAAAGAAAACAUUCCACCAUCGAUAUGGACAACUCAGAUAAUGCUCGUGAUGAUUUUGUUGUUGGCACAGACAAGACGUUUAAAAAACCUGAAGACACUGAGGAUAACAGCAAUUGCAGCAGCAGUAGCAAUCUGUUACUUGAAGCCAAACAAAGUGAAAAUACCGGCGAUGAGCCUACACCUGAAGAAAACGAUAACGAAGAAGAUGAUGACGAUGGUGAUGUAGAACUCAUUGAAACCGAAUCAAAAGAAGCUGGAGAAAAUUCUUCGGAAAAAGGUGAUGAAUCUUCAGAGGCUGUACCACCCGCCAAAAGACCAAGACUUAGUGAAGACAGUGAAUUGUCUUGCAAGACCGAUGACAAUAGCAAAAGUAGAAGAGCGUCCGAAUGUUUGGAAAAGAAACCGGAGAGCGAAAGUAAUGCCUCGAAUAUUUUAUCAACAUCGCUGAAACGACCACAUGAUGUCAUUGAACUAGAGAUGGAUAAUGACAAAUCCAAUGAUUCCAAGUCAUCCGUAACCGAAACAUCUACGAAGAAACCAAGAACAGAGGGAAUUGAGGACAAAACGAAUAUCGAGAAGGGUGAAGAGGUGUUAAAGAAAACAGAUGAACCACCGGUGAUAAAGACAGAUGAAUCAACAGAUGUUGAUCAAAAACAGGAGGUCAAGAAAGAUAUUUUAAAAGUUGAACCCUCAGACGAACCGAUACGUUUGUAUCCUGCGCCCAAGCUAAAACAUCUGGGUUCGGACGACAAUGUUAGUUUGGGUUUUUUGAAAAAAUUCCGCAAAUCAUUUGACAAAAUGACAAAACAAGAUCUCGAAGAAUUGGUACUACAAAAGGUGGUCGAAGCCAUAAUACAUCGCAGUGAAUUUGCCGAAAUGCGUGAGCUAAUUGAGAAACAAGAAAAACUAAUUACCUCACAUCGUGCUAAAAUAUCGGAGCUAUCAAAACAAUUUCGUGACCUUGAAAUGGUACACAAUCGCGUGGUGAAAGAUAUUGAACAGCGUAAUGCUCAAUUUAUUAUGCCAGUGAAAAUUACCCGAGCUGUUGGUCUUCAAGUAUAUAUACCGAAUAAAAAAACCCUCAUGGAAGCGAAUGCUACCGCAGCUGCUGCUUCUGGUGCUGGAACAAGUAAUAUACCGGCCGUUUCACCACAACGUGCAGCCACCAAUCCAUCACACAGCAAUUUAACAUCACCGCAAAGAUCGCAAUUCAAUUCACCCCAAUCCGCUGCCGCAUCUGAGGCUCUGCGCACUACACCCAAUACCAGUGUAAAUUCGGCAAAUACUACGGCACCGCCCAGACGUGGUUGUGCACAGAAAGUAACACCGAUACGACCGGUACCCGGUGCUAGCAAUCCUUCGCCAGUUAGUAGUGUUCCACAAACUAGUAAUUCAUCAACCCAGGUUUAUCGCAACAAUUUGAAUCAGAACCAAGUUGCACAGCCGAGAAUAUUGAAUAAAAAUGCCGCCGCAUCGCCAAUGGGCGGGUCUACUAUACAAGCAGCAAAUAUGAAUUCAUCUGCAAUGCAGAGGCAACGGUAUUUGCAACAAGCAAAAGCGGCCAAUCAGGAUGUAGCACAACGUUUGACGUCACAGCAACAGCAACAAAGUGCUAGACCGCCAGUUGGAAAUAUGCAUAAUAAUCAACGUGUGGUACAACAGCCACAGAAGGUUCCCAACAAUUCAUCAUCAUCCAUACAACGUCGUCCUGAUCCCUCGCCAUCGGCAGUCACGAACAAUGCCACUUCUUUGGAUAAUUAUAUGAAUACGUUGACUCAGCUAACCGGUGGUAAUACCGCUGUUAGCAUUACACCGGCAAAACCGAAAGAGAAGGCUGUCAUCGAUUUAACCGAUGAAGAUGAAAUACCAUCUGCACCACAGCAACAGAUGAUUAGUCCACAGCAAACAAAUCCUGCACAAAGGCGUAGCUUACCUGCACAAACGAAUAACACUAAUGUGUCACAACAACAGCAAUAUGGUGGUCGGACAGCACCACCCUUGGCACGUAUACCACCAUCACAGAUUUUAAUAUUUACAUUUUUCGUUCAUGAUUUUGCAGGACAAAAGAACAACUCAUUCACAUCCACAAUUAAUACUCCUCCGGGUACAAGUAUUACACGCAUUAAUGUUGGACCAAAUACUCAGGUUGCCCAACGUGUUAAAUACAGUCAUCCGGCUCCGCUGCCUGCUACACCGCCGCAAGCAUUUAAUCCCAAUUGGAAAUUACCGCCUCCACGACCAACUAUACGUAUAAGCAACUUGGAUAAUGGUAUUGUUAUCUCUUGGACAAUGGAAGAGGCUAUGGAUCGUCACGCCGAAUGUGUUAGUUAUCAAAUUUAUGCCUAUCAAGAAACCUCCGGGCCACCAAUGGCCGAUUCAUGGCGUCAUGUGGGCGAUGUAAAGGCUAUGUUAUUACCCAUGGCUGUAACACUAACCCAAUUCCAGGAGGGACAGCGGUAUUUCUUUGCCGUUAGAGCCGUGGAUUGUCAUCAACGUUAUGGUCCCUUCAGUUUACCCAAGACAUGGAGUUAAA